AUGGAGAUCUCGCAACCGCAGUCGGCGCGCUUCUUAAGUGACAACAUGGAGCUGCUGGGGUUUGGAGACCCCUGCUCGGCGCUUAUCCAGGCAGUCAAGGAACUCUUCGAGAAUGCUCUGGAUGCCAUUCAAUAUACCGAGGCUGGAAUGAUUGCAGUUCGAUUAAAGGAGGUGGAGCACGACGUAAACGUCCUUGAAAUCGUUUGCACCGACACAGGAUCGGGGAUGCAUGCAAACCAAGUGGCGCAAUUAUGCUGCAAUGUAUUUGCAACGACCAAAUCGUCCAGAUCAAUCUCGGCGUCGCAAUGCGGGAAGUUUGGAAUUGGGUUGAAAGCUGCUUUGCUGUACAGCCAAAACCACGCGUCAAUAGUCGACUCGAGUCUCAAAGUGACGUCAACGCUGAAUUCCUCUGAAUUUUAUUACGCGGAAUUGGUCAUUGACCCGGAAGCCCAUGACAAUGGCGCGCUCGUUCGCAAGUCGAAGCGAUUUCACGUGUCAGAAGCGCACAAGUCGUUUUCCGGCACCGAAAUACGCCUCCAACUGCCGCGGCCACACCACUUGGUCGACGCGCUCCACGUGCUCAUGCCCUACUUUGACAACUUGCGCUAUUGCUUGGCCACCUCCGUGUCCGUGGACUUCUCAUGCGAUAUUCCAGGGUUCAAUCAGUACCAGGUCUGUUGUGCAUCGCAGUUGUCUCCAUUGGAGAGGUUUCUCGACGCGUUCAAGUGUCCUUACGAGUCGUUGGCUCACGCCGAUGUCGACUGGAAGUCGUUCCAUGCGAAUUGUCUCGCGUUGUCGCCAUAUCUGGACGAAACCAACUUGGACGGCCGAUGCCCCGUCACAAUUCACAUCAUGCGGUUCGCCAACCAUGUUCCGCUGUUGCCAAGGAAGGAUGUUUAUGCGUGUGCGAUGACGAUCGCCGUCCAACGCAGCGAUUGGAAGGCGUUGGGGUACAAGUGUGUGGUGGGGACGUCCAUGUACGCGCCACUGCAGUUGGUGCCGUUGUCUAUAAACGAACGAUCGGCCAGUGUUCAAGAACCCAAGCACGUUGUGGUUGCCAUCGACGUCGAUACGUGCGGGGCACCCGCCAAGUUUACGUCUUUGACCAAGACAGCGUUGGUGGAAGCGUCGUAUUUGCAAGGGGUUUCCCAGUGCAUGGCUCUAGCGUUAGAUCAACUUGCGCGCAUCUACCCAAUCUUGUUUCGACGGGCAAAUCGGUCCCAUACCCUCGCAACCGAGUACGCGCCUCUGAUUGCCACGGCCGUGUCCAGCAUUCUCGUGAAUGCCACAUAUGCGGGGGUGAAUGUGGAGCAUUUUGAACCAGGGCGGCCACUCUAUGGCGUGCAGUCGCGCGUCGAGUUGGACCAACGAGUACUCGACCACAUGACAAGCCUUCUACGACCCCAUUCAUGA